CGAAGCUUGACCUUUGCUGUACGGUUGGGUGUGUGUGAUGCGCCUCCGGCAUCUCAUGGGCGGCUUCACAUUCAACACGAAAGGCCUCUGGCAGAAAGAGUCCUACAAAGGCAUGGGCAAGGACAUCCUCAUCGGAUCUGCCGGAUCUAUGGUCAUUUUCGGUCAGUGAACUCACAGCGGCUUCCUGUAGACAGAGUGCAUUGCGCCUCUUCACAGCUGAUUGUUUGUUCCCUCCCUCCCUGCGUGUGUGCGUGUGUGUGUGUGCGUGACGUGCAGGCUGUGGCGAUGUGCUUGCGCAGCUGCUGGAGAUGCAGCAGAAGGAGCGGCCCGCACUCAUCCAUCCGCCUCACAGCGGUAUGCAGUCAGCUCAUCAUCAUGCGCAUGACAAUGGCCGGCCAUCUCUCGCCACACACACGGUGCAGAAGUCAAUAGUCACCUCGCCCAUCGUGUUGACACACACACACACACUUGGACUUGCAGAUGCCGGCGUCUGGUCUGGACACGCAGCGUCUGGUGGUGGUGGCGAGUCAGGGGUGGAUCCUCAACGGGGUCAUGCUCACGCCCUUCUAUAGAGUACUCGACAUUCUCAUCGGCGACACCAUGAGCGGCAAAUUCUUCCCGCGUGAGGGAGAAAGAGAGAGAGGCAAAGAGACUUUCUGUCUGUCUGUCUAGUGCUCAGCUGUGUGUUUCUGUGUGGUUCGUUGGUUGGCAGGCAUUCCCAUGAAGAUCUUCCUGACAAUGGUCCUUUACAUGCCGGCAUCCACCAUGAUGUUCUUCUUCCUCACGCCGUGCCUCGAGGUGCUCGCCGAGGCGGCCACAACCGCCACCCAGCAGCAGGACCAGCACCAUGAGGGGGAGGAGAGUCUGAUGCAUCGGCUGCAGCAGAGUUUUGCCAAGGGCUGCGAGGAGGGAUGGACCGGUGUGUCGCGGCACUUCGCGCAGACCUAUGCGCUGGCGUGGCUCAUCUGGCCCUUGACUGACUCGAUCAACUUUCGGUUCAUCCCUCUGACCUAUCGGCCGUUGUGGGACAGCCUGGUGCGUCACGAAUAUGCCCACACCACAUCGCCGAUGCCUAACUCUCUCUUUCCCGUGUGUGUGUGUGUGUGUGUGUGCAGAUCGACAUAGUGUGGACGACCAUACUCUCGAGAGCCAGUCACUCUGAGCCCAACGGCGGCCAAACCGCCAUGCCCCCCUCCUCCUCCCCCUCUCACUUCGAUGUACCUCUCUACCGGUACGUAACGAAUCGUGGUGUGGCUGUCUCUCUCGCAAACAAUCACUUCUUUCGCCUGAUAUCCUCAGGUCUCCCGAUGCAAAAAUCGAUGGCCGUCUCAAAUCGCUGUCAGAGGUGCUGUCAGGUCUCGACCCCGAGCUGGCCCCCGAGCAACUGCGGCCGCCGCCCAGACAUCCCCCACCUGACGAGAGGGAGGUUGUAUUGGCCGAUUUAGUGCACAUUUCUGACCCCGCUGAGGUUGAGUUCGACCCGCGGGAGGUGCCGAGGGGGUCGAUGACGCGGGGUGGGCGGCUGGAGUGUGUGGGUGAGGGGUUGAGGUGUCCGCUGGAGGUGCACCAGAGGUGGGUGGAUAAUGUGCCUGCUGAUGGUGAUGGUGAUAGUGAUGAUGCUGACGUCCAUGGCGGCCAGGGGAAGAAAGGCGGGGAAUAGCGAGGGGGGAAAGGGUGUGUGGCGUCCAAUGAGGGCGAGAAAAGGCAUGACGCAUGAUUGAUGCAACUGACUGACUGACUGAUUCGGGCGGGUGGAAGGACCAGACGGACAGACAGAGUGCCCU